GAAGAAGCCACAGACACAAUACAUGUUCUUCAUGGCGCAGUUUGAUUAGAGACAAUAGAGGCUGUUUCCCUUUUUUAACAACAUGAAGCUGGUGACAUGCAUUUUAAUUGUCCAACUGAGUUCUCUUUGUCACGCUUUGCAAAACUCAUCCACUCAAACAGACCCAAGUGAUUUCCUGAGGAGAGCAGAGGGAAAUAAUACAAUAACACGAGAGGAAUUCAACAGUGACCCGUACGUCCACAGACUCUCUGGCAAAUGCAUCUUCAUGCUCAGGAUGCCUGGGAACAGGAGCGGUGAUGUGGUUGCUUUAUCAGCAGAAUCUACUGAUAUGUUGGUUGAACAGAUGUGUCAGGAUCUCGCCUGUGGCAGCGUCUAUCAUGUGAAUAAAAGCAACUCACCUCCCAAAAAGCCUACCACCUGCUUUCAUGACUGUGUGUACCAAGAUGGUCGUUUGCAGAACUGUUUGCAGAGUGCGGGAGAUAACUGCACUGUGAUUGCUGAAGCUGUUUGUGGCCACCAGGCUGUGCGGCUGGCAGGAGGGUCGGACCGCUGUGCCGGACGGGUGGAGCUGUGGAGAAAAGGGAGGUGGGGCACCGUGUGUGACGACCAGUGGGACCUGCGGGAUGCCGAUGUGGUGUGCGCCCAGCUCGGCUGCGGUUACGCCCUCAGUGUGACAGGACAGGGCGGCCUCUUCCCUCCGGGCAGAGGACCCGUCCACCUGGACGACCUGAACUGUGCCGGCGUGGAGGAGACUCUGUGGGCCUGUCCCGCCGCACAGGACGAGCCCGACUGCGGACACAAAGAGGAUGCAGGGGUCGUAUGCUCAGAGAUGAGAGCCGUCAGACUGACUGGAGGUCUGGACCGCUGCUCUGGUAAAGUAGAGGUCCACCGUAAUGGCAGCUGGGGUACGGUGUGUGAUAACUGCUGGAAUAAAGACAUGGCCUCCAUGGUGUGCUCCAUGCUGCAGUGUGGUGCCGAGCCGCUGAAAUACUCCCAGUUUGUUCCUUAUCUCACCCACAACAAUGGGACACUGUGGUUCUAUCAGUGCGAUCCAAACGUGCUGAGUCUGUGGGAGUGCACUGAGUUAAUCAACAAACCACAUCUGUGCAGCACCUCAAAAGCAUCUGGAGUCAUCUGUAACGGUUCCCUCGGGUUUCCUGCCGCCACAACAGACACCACAGAAAAUGCAACUGUAAUGACCAGUUGGACAACCGGUGCAGCCUCAGUCAGUCAUGCUCAAGGCUUCCUCUUACCAUCUCCAGAGCUUCUCAGCACCAUCGCUCUGGCUCUUAUUCUCCUCGUGGUUUUCAUUAUAUACACUGUGGUCUGCUGCCAUUACAGAAAAAGACACGCAUUCUUGCUGCAGGAGACUCGCACUGGGCCACGACCUCUAGCUGAAUAUCAUCACAAUAGCCACCAAGACGCCGUCGACCUCGUCAAGAUCACUCCAAACACUGCCAACCCUCUGCAGACAGAAGUCCCCUCCAAUCCCAGGUAUCUUUGGACCCAGCUUAGUAGUGUUGACAGCACGUCAGUAGAUACAGACUAUGAGCAGUAUGAGCCAAGCAAUGACCCGUCUGUCACUUUAACAACCUUUCGGAAUUCACAGAGGUACAGAACAGACGUGAACCCUUUGAUGAAGCCCUCAGGUCUUGACAGGCUCCUUGAGGAAGCCCCUGAAGCCACCAAUGAAGUGAUGGGAGCCUUUAUAGGCUAUAAUGGUGCCCCUGCAGAGCCUCAAUAUGCCAGAGUGUCAAAGAUCUCAGUGGACUCAUUUGAUACCUCCAGUACCUCCUCCGGGGAAAUCUACAAAAACACAAACAACGGCUAUGUCAUGGUCACACCUGAACCAGGGCUGGGCCAGUCACCUGCUUUUUACCCUCCAAGGCUCCUCUACAGCAAAGAUCAACUUUACUCCGGAGAAACAAUGAAAUUGCAGAGUUUAGGUGACGAAGAUGACGGCCCCAUCUACUCACCUGUGAGCCCCGACCAAAACUCUUCAUCUGAUGAUGACUAUGAUGAUGUCGGCACCUAAUAGUAACCAAAGGAGGUAACUCCAGCUCACAGAGACCAACAGUGUGGGACUGAAGCUGCUAAACCGUACUGAGAGGAAACCUGUACUGUGAAACCAAACGCCCGCUUAGACUAAGGAAACCCAGUGAGCAUUCAUUUGGUGAUAUGCAGGUUAACAUACGUUUAGAUUAAAACUGGGCUCCAUGUGGUUAAAAAGUGUAAGUCUAGUUUUCAUAUUACCAUGGUUUUAACAGCAUUUGAAUGACUAUUUCAUUGUGUGCAGUAGUCAACAUUCAUUUAAAUGCUGAUACAUAAAAUAUUUACAUAUAUUUAAAUAUAAAAAUGUUUACCUUUUUCUGUUUACAAACCAAUUUCAAUUUAGAUGUCAUGACUGACUUUCGACCUGCAAUUUAUCAAACUGUUUCCUGGGAACAAUAAUAAGUUCAAUCAGGAGAAACAAGUGAAUGAAGUAAAGAUCAAUGUUUAUUAUAACAAAUGAUAUGUAAUAAUUAUGUAAUGGCAGGAAGUCUUUUUGGUUCUUAGACUCUAAAGGGAGAUUUGUAACCAAGGGGUGUCUGCGCUCAGCAGCAGCAAGAUAAAUCCCCCCAUGGAGUCGUCCAGAAUCUGGUGGUGGAGGUGGUGGCUGAUGAUUCUGAUCGAGCCGAUGUAUCUGCAGGACGGGUGGUAAUGGGGAGGUGGAGGAGCACUUUGCCAUUCGUGAGAAUUUGCAGUGAACUGACAGCUGACAGC